AUGUCUGACAUACGCCUCGAAAGACACACACACAGCGCUACAAAUAUGCACAGUCGCCAGCUCAACCGCAAGAUUUCAUUGCUAUCCUCGAACGACAGAAGGAUACGGAAGAAGGACGCCCUGGAAAAGUUUAUAGAAAGCCACCAGACGCUGGUAAUUACGGGACUUUCGCAGCUACGACAUAACAUCCUGAUCGAAGGUCUGGCCAAAGAUGACAGCGGAUUUUGUCCAUACAGAGUGUACGUGUGGUCGAUCUUGCUGCGGAUACCCCCAAUGAAGGCUCAGACCUAUGUUGAUCUCGUCAAGGCUGGAAAGUCCAAAUCUUUCGACAAGAUACUGAACGAUAUUCACAGAACUCUCAAGGGAGACAAAUUGCUGGAGACCCGGGUAAGCAGCGAGAUGUUGACCCGGUGUCUGAACUCUCAUGCCCUCCAAAUAGAGGCCAUUCAACACUCCGGCAAAAACCACCAAAACCUAUCUCCAUACGUCCAGGGAAUGAACAUUCUGGCAGCGCCAUUUCUCUGUGCUGCCAAGAGCGAGCCGGAGGCGUUUGCUUUAUUUUCCGGAUUGUUGACUCGAUAUAUCCCCAUGUACGUGGUGCCCACUUUGACCGGUGUUCAUACUGGUGUCAAGCUGGUUGAUAAAUGCUUGGAGAUCGUCGAUCCAAAACUUUCGCAAUUUCUGCAAAGUAAGCUGUUACAGGCAGAAAUCUAUGCUUUGCCCUCAAUUCUCACUCUGUGCGCUUGCACCCCUCCCCUGGUUGAGGUCUUGGAGCUGUGGGACUUUCUCUUUGCAUAUGGCUGCCAUAUGAACGUUCUUCUGGUGAUCGCCCAAAUGAUACUAAUGAGAAGCAAGCUUCUUGCUUCCAAGAACCCUAUGACAUUGCUCAGAGAGUUUCCCCCUUUGCAGGCUAAGGAGGUGAUCAAACUGGCUAUCAGCUUUCUGCCGUUAAUUCCAGAUAGUCUGUACGAGCUUCUAUGCAAACAUACACAUGAUCCGACAGUUGGAAAUAGACUCAAGGACCUUGAAUGA